CAGGUGAACUACGCCCCACGACGAAUGAGCCAAACACGGAAUUAUAUCUAACUUCAAUACCAAACAACUCUUAUGGCAGCAGCGGAACAAGAAAAAGUUGUGGUGGUAUUUCGUGCGACUGGUGGCGCUCCGAUUCUGCAGCAAAGCAAGGUCAAGGUCUCCCUGGACUCCCGGUUGUCCAAGCUAGUGCUAUUUCUUAGAAAGCAGCUAAAGACGGACUCUGUGUUCGUGUACCUGCGCGAGUCCUUCAUCCCCUGCAUGGAUGAUGAGGUGGCGCUGCUGACACAGGCGUACGGGAUAGAGGGCAAGCUGCAUGUGAGCUACGCACUCACGCCGGCGUGGGGGUGAGGUGCCCACCCUGGUGCAGGAGCCCCAGCGCGCCGGAAUGAUUAGCCGCGGGGGUCCCAGCUCGCGGUCCUCGCUGCUGGGCCGUGGGGGCGAUGCGGCUGUGGCCGGGAAGUUGUUACACGUGUGUGCUGUGCAGUUCACGGGUGAGCGGCGGGAACGGCACCGCAUGUGGUGUACCGACAUGCCUGGAUGCGCGGCACAGCGUGUAUGAUGCGACUGCUGCUGGCGGUGUCGUGUUGUCCAAGAUGCUUAAAGAUUUAACAAUGCGAAGCCGAGGAGCUGUGUGCGGCUGUUGCUAGCGGCAUGCGCCCGCCGGGCAGACUGUUGAGUGAGCGCGGACUGAGAGCGCCACGCGGGUUCGGUGUGCAUUGUGCGUGUGGCCACGAAAGGAGCCGCUGCCGCUGUUGCUGUUACUGCUGCUGCUGCUGCUGCUGAUGGUGUUGCGGUGUUGGCUCGUGAAGGAGUGGUGUGGUGCUGCUAGAGCGGGCGUAGAAGAGGGUGAUGUGGUGCCUGCUGUGUCGCACGAAGGGUGUGUGGUUGUACGGAGGGCCUGCAGGGCGACACGCUGAGCCGUGGGGCUUCAGCUCGUGACUGGUGAGCUGGAUCCAUGUGAGACAUGUGACUCUGCGGUUGGAAACAAUGGUCUGGUUUGAAUAUCGCAGGUAUAAGGACACAGUCACCUCAAUCCUGCAAUGUGCCCUAGCCAAGCCGUGCAUUCUUGGCUUCAUUCUUGCACAAGCUUUCAAGCCAGUCCGGGAGAUGUUCCUGGGUACCCUGCAACCAUCUCACGC